UUGUAGGUAUUACAGCAGGAGAAUCACAAAAUCCUCACAAGACGGUACCCUCUGCAGUGAAACAAGUGUUCUUUCGAAUUGUACUGUUUUAUAUCUUGUCCAUGUUGAUCAUUGGUCUCGUUAUUCCAUAUACGGAUCCUGAUCUUUUAAAAGGAUCUGGUAAUGUAGCUGUAUCACCGUUUACGUUAGUAUUUCGAAAAGCAGGUGCUGCAUGGGCUGCCGAUCUGAUGAAUGCUAUUAUUUUGAUCACCAUGAUAUCUGCAGGCAAUUCAGGUGUGUAUUCAUCCAGUCGAACCCUUUUAGCGCUUGCUCAAGAUGGAUCUGCACCACGCUUUUUUACGCGUGUGAAUCGAUGGGGUAUUCCUAUUUACUCUGUACUUGCUACCUGUGGUAUUGGAUGUUUGGCUUUCUUGACCAGUUUAUUUAGUUCUGGUGUGGUCUUUAACUGGUUAACAGCACUUCCUUCAGUGGCAGGAUUGAUUGUAUGGGUGACGAUCUCGAUUACGCAUAUUCGAUUCCGCAUGGGAUUGAAAGCACAAGGAAAAUUAGUGUCUUCAUUACCGUAUGCAGCACCUUUUUUCCCCUUUGGAGAUAUCUUUGUGAUUAUUGUUGGAUGUAUAGUGAUUGCUGGUCAAGGAUAUCAGACGUUUCUUCCACCGAUUGAUCCCAAAAACUGUGUUUCCUCUUAUUUGUCCGUCAUGUUUUGUAUUGUGCUUUAUUUUGGUCAUAAAUUGAUCAAGCGACCUGCCUUUGUAAAGACACUGGAGAUGGAUUUCGAAACAGGGACACUUCAAGAUGACGUUUUAUCAGUCAAGGAAGAAGAUAUUGAAGAAGAAGCGCUUCCCAAAUGGAGACGGGCAUGGAAUAAAGUGAUUGAUAUCAUUGCGUGA